GAGAACGGUCGUAUCACAGAACGAAAUAAAUCGCGGAACAUGCCAACGUUUUAAUCAUUUGUCGUAUUGGACGUUUAACAAUUAGUUAUCUGGUGUAAAUGUUGUGAAAUUGGUGUGAGAUGGCCAUAUCGCUGCAAUCGUCGCAGAAUUCUCGAGGUGUAUCGGUAAGAUCUCUAUCAAGUAUGCGGGAAGAUACUUUGCCAAUGCUAGCGGAGAGGCUGCUGGCCACGCGAGCGGCAGCGCUGGUGGCGGGUUUACCAGCUGAGCUGUACUCGAAUGCUCUGUUGGCUGCCUGGCCUCCUUCUCCACCUCCACCGCUUUUGCCACCCCCUGCUCCUGAGCUGGAUCGUGCCCGUAAACGACGAAGAACCCCUAAACUUGACGACACCUCCACUGCACCUCUUUCGCCACCAUCAUCAGGGUCGUCUCCCGGUGCCACCGAUCCUCCUCGCGACAAACUGUUCACUUGCAAGGUCUGCUCCCGGUCAUUUGGCUACAAACAUGUUCUCCAAAACCACGAACGCACUCACACCGGCGAGAAGCCAUUCGAAUGCGGUGAAUGUCACAAACGCUUCACAAGGGAUCAUCACCUUAAAACCCACUUGCGUCUACACACAGGAGAAAAGCCAUACAGUUGUCCCCAUUGCCCUCGACAUUUCGUUCAAGUUGCUAACCUGCGGCGACACCUGCGCGUGCACACCGGUGAGAGACCCUACGCCUGUGCCCGAUGUCCAGCCAGGUUUUCAGACUCCAAUCAGUUGAAAGCGCACGCUUUGGUCCACGAAGGAGAUGCGCCAUUCGCGUGCCGUUGCGGCGCCAGGUUUAGACGUCGGCAAGCGGCUGCUCUGCACCGCUGUCCCAGUAGCGGAUGUGAACCGGGCACUCCCAGCCCGCCGGCCGCAGACUGGCGUUGGGACGAUUGGCCCGAGCAGACGGAGCCGGAGGACCUGUCCCUUCCUCGCAGGCCAGCGACGCCGGACUCCCCCACUGACCUGCGCGUGCACUCCGCGUAGUGGGCGCGCACAACGGGCCUCUCGCCGCGCACUCAUGAGCCGGUAUACGAGUUCCUUUUGCGUAGAGCAGCGUUUUCGCCAAUUUUUUACUUCGAUGUUACCUCGCUUACUCGGCGUUUUUACCCUCAUUAAAGUAAUGCUCUAUUUUUGUAAUAAUUUCCAAAGAAACCAUUGCUCUAAAAAAUUGUAACGGUCAGCUAUUUUGCUUUUGUUUAUUUCUCCGUAAGACUACUGAUGCGCUUUAGGUAGCCGUCCUUUCAGUUUUUAUGAUAACGAAUUCGCAAUACUCUUGUUCAACCGUGUUACACUUUAAAACUUUAUUGCCGUUCCAUUUGCAUAAGCGCAAGGGCUGCAAAAACGAGACACUUUUUGUUGUAUUGUUCUGAACUGACGAAAAAAUAUGCAAAAGCAAAUUGUAUAAUGGAUUUUUUGAUUUAUGAGUUGACUAUUGUUUGUUCUUAACAUAAAAAAGUUGUUCGUUACGCCGUAAACUAAAAAUCUGUAGCUCUUCGAAUGGCGUUAACCGGAAUAGGCUCGCGGAUAAGGUCGCGACAUUGCCUUAUUAUUUCAGCGACAAAGGCUUGUUAACAAUCGGUGAUUAAAUAAGUAUUGAUUCGGGCGGUAGUUCCGUUGGGUGGACAAAGACGAAGGUAUUGUGUGAGCCCUCAUCCAUCGCGCCUCACGAGAACCCAACCGGGUUUUAAUCACCCUUAUUAUAGCCAAUUCUGGAAAAAUUUCUAUAACUUGCGAAAUGUGAUCGUUUCAGUUCUUUUUAUUAAAUUUUAAACAUUAAACAAUGUAGAAAACAGCGAUACACAACACGUGUAGGGGAUAAUUAUUUGAGAUCAAUGGAGCUUUUACUUGUAAGUAGGUAAUUAUUUUAUCGAUAAAAUCGAGGCAGCCCCGAGUAAGCGAAUCACUAUCGAAGGAGUCGAACGCAGCGUGCUUCUUUGUAAAUAUUGCUGUCAUAAAUUAUUUAUUAUUUAUCUGUUAGUACAUAAAUAUUCACGUAUAAGUCGUUUCGGUGACGAUCGCUGUUAAUAGAGAAUAAUAUAUGUAAAUAUUUAAUCAAAGUGUAUUGAUAAUAAAUUGCGGAUAACCGCUAUAUACCGUUCGUGGUUUCAUAUUAUUGUUAGAAUAAAGAUUAUGUAGUCUUAUGGCUAUUACGUUAUAAGUGAACACCAAAGCCAUUUAUAUCUCGAAUGAGAUGUCUCAUGAGUAACAAUUUCGAUUGUGUACAUUGUAAAUGAGACCUUAUUGGAGGUGCAUAUGGCUUACAAUGGUGUUUUCGUGUCAAAGCUGCAUUCAUUAUUGCAAUUUGUUCUUACGGGUAUUAGUUUCCUACUAGUUAUAGUGUGAUUUUUUUCGUUUUAUUUGAGGACGUUUGUUCGAGCACACUACGAUUGUAAUUGUAUUGAUUGUUGAUUAUUAUUAUUUUAUUUUCGUAAGGAUUAAGGGUCUAGUGUAUUAAGUAUUCCCAAAGAAAUUAUUGGUACAAAAAUUGAUGUGUACAAAUAAAUGUCGACUAGUAGACAAUUAAUGUUAUAUGGUCGUAGUUAGUUUAAUGUUAGUCGUACCGGUCUACCUCAUUUCAGACACAGGCAGGGUAAAUAGCCAAAAACUUAAAUAUUUUCUAUACUUCAACUCUAUUGAGAUCUCAUAUGUAUAAUUUACACACUAAGCUAUAUGCUGAGACUGAUAUUACAAUUACCUCAUUAGAACGAAGGCUUUCUGCAAUCAUUUAAGUUCCUAUUAAAUAUAUUUGUUUAGUAUUAUUUUUAUUUAGUAGUAGGGUCCAAGUGUGCCAUCGUAGGAUUGUUUUGUGAUACAGAUCUCAACUGCCACUAUCUACCUCAUGUAAAAUCCGAAUUAGACGUUCGUCUGUCAUAAUCUCUUGUACAAAUA